AUGUUUUUGUGCAGGUUGAGUGACGACAACAGCCUGGUGGUCUGGAUCAAUAUAGAAGACCACCUUAAACUGGUGACCACACGACACGAUGCUGAUGUGGCUGAGGCUUUUAAAUUCAUCUUUGCUAAACUGCAGAAGUUGGGGGUGAUCUACAGCCAGCUGAGACACCCUUUUAUCUGGAAGCAGCAGCUGGGCUGGCUGAGCAGCUCUCCCACUGAAGUAGGAACUGGUUUUAGGGUUCGAAUCAAACUGAGAUUGAAACUACUACCCACUCAGCGCCGCCUGCAGGACGUCCUGAUUAGACUGCGCCUCCACAUGGUCUCCACAGGUACUGCAGUUCCUAUGUAGUUAAGCUAAAGAGGGCGAGUUCUGUGAGAACCUCUCGGUAUAUCUUUGCUUACA